AUGAGUUCAGGCGACUAUAGAGUCAUGUCUGUUCUCACCGAACACAUGGGAUUCCCGCCAAUCACGCUCAUUGACGAGGUAAUUAACGCCGUCAAUGAAAUCAUGCAGAAAGCAUUGGUCGGACUCUCAGAUUAUCUACAACGGCAACGAAACAACCAGCUUAAGGCGCUAAAAGGUGAAGACGAACUACUGAACGAGAAAGAGAAAGAGUUCGAGAACCAGAACAAAUUAUUUUCUCUUCACGAAAUCGAAGCUGGCUUGGUUCUGUUCGAUACUUUAUGCCAUUCCAACUUGGACAAAAAUUUCGAUAAGUUCGAACUCUACACGCUACGAAAUAUUCUUACUAUUCCCCAUGACCUUGUAGACGGAGGCUGGAUUCGUUUGAAACAUCAUGAGCACUUAGACAUGCUAGAUCAGACGAGGUUGGGAUCUAGAGAAGAAGAUAUACAACUCAAAAACCUAGUGGGCAAAAUAAAUCUAGAACUCCAUCUCCGCAAAAUAUUGCAAGCGCAAUUGGCAAAAGCAAAGACAAUAGUCAAGUCUCUCAGUCAGUACAAACGUUGCGUCGAGGGCUUGUUGUCAGCACAUGCCAACACGAAGCUUACACCAGACAUGGUUGAAAAAUUACGAGACAACUUGGAUCCUAUGAACGAAAACGUUUACUAUCUUCUAACGCAAGUGAAUGAGGUUGUGAAACAAGUUCUCGCGCUUAACAACAAGGUGAUGGGAUCUUCAGGCGCACCUGAUCCAACAGAGGUGCGGUUUCGUUCCACGCCUAGAGAUGUCUACAUCGAAGACAAAACUCAUAUGCUUUUGGAGAAAAUCGGGAUUUUGCAGGCUCGCAAAAAUGCGCGUCAGCUGGACAAAUACCACUAA